AUGUACACUACCCAAAACGCUGGGAUGGGGAGUGCAGUUGUUCACGAGGAUGGUUUGUGCGGGAAGCGUAAAGGUCCGACCGAGGACCUGGAGAAGGAGAACGCCGAUUAUGGCGGCCCAAACCGUCACACCGUCUUUGGGAUGCGGCGGCGGACUAGCCGACGGGACAACACUCAAAUAAGGUACCAAGAAAUACGUCAAGGGCGGAAACAGCAGGAAGAGACGCCAGCUGCCAACCGUGCCGAGACGCGUCGAGAGCCAGGGGUAAACGCCGACUUGGAGGCAGAGUCCAAUCACGCCGAGGAUAGCCAUUGCCAGUCCCACCUGCGGAGGGCGGAGGCCGAGUCCCCCGGUGAAGAUGAAGGGUAA